GGAUAUUACCUCUCACCCUGGGAGAGAAUGCUGCCAAAGUGUUUUUACCCCAUGGAAAGCACUCUUCAGACUGUCAAACUCUGAGAGAGUAUUCAUUUCAAAAAUUUGGAUGUAAUGCAUAAGUUGAACCUGAAGUACAUUGACAAAAGAGUAACUACAGAUAAAGACAUCUGGUUUUUCAGUGAAGAGCUUGGAAUCUGCUAAAAGUCCCAAAGAAAGUGUUCUCCAGAGUCCAGGCACGAGCAGAUCUUCACCAGCUCACUGAAAGCCACAUACAUUGUUCUGGGCAAGAAUGGAGACUUUGCAGGCUACUUUUUUUUUGUUUGUGUUUGUACCUUUGGUAAAUCCAGCACCACCUCUACAGCAAGAAUCACUACAGUUUUAUGAGUAUGAUACAGAUGUUCCAAUAGGAAGCCUGACCCAACAAGAUUAUGAAAUGCAGCCCAAGGAUAUCAGAAAGGAUGGAACAAACAUUUCUCUUGACACUUCCCUAAUGCUGCAAAGUGAUGACAGCCAACUCGAUGUCCCACCAACAAAGGACACAAACCUGCCCACGUGCUUGCUGUGCGUGUGCCUGAGCGGCUCCGUGUACUGCGAGGAGAUCGACAUCGAGGCCGUGCCGCCCCUGCCCAAGGAAACCGCCUAUCUGUACGCUCGCUUCAACAAGAUCAAAAGGAUUGCAGCCUCGGACUUCGCUGACAUCACUACCUUGAGAAGAAUUGAUUUUAGUGGAAAUAGAAUAGAAGAAAUAGAAGAUGGAGCCUUUUCAAAACUUCUGCUGUUGGAAGAACUUUCUCUUGCUGAAAAUCGGCUUGUAAAACUUCCUGUUCUACCUCCCAAACUAACAACAUUUAAUGCAAACCAAAACAGAAUCAAGAGCAGAGGAAUCAAAGCAAAUGCUUUCAAGAAGCUCACUAAUCUGGCCUACCUCUACUUAGGACACAACGCACUGGAAUCUGUCCCUCUGAACUUACCAGAGAGUCUGCGCAUUCUUCACCUUCAGUACAACAACAUCACCACCAUCACGGACGACACGUUCUGCAAGUCCAACAACACGCGCUACAUCCGCACGCGCAUGGACGAGAUCCGCAUGGAGGGCAACCCCAUCGUGCUGGCCAAGCACGUCAACGCCUUCUCCUGCCUGAGGAUGCUGCCCGUGGGAACCUACUACUAGCACUGCACUGCCAGGCCCAGGGCCACUCUCCCUCUGUUUACAAUUCAUAUCCUCUCCCUUACUAAUGCUCUUUCCCUCCAUACCCAGGACCUUCUGCUGUGUUGCACCGUUCUCCUCUGACAUAAGCAUUUCAAACCAGUCACUUCAGUAGUUAUGGUGUCCCUCAUGCUUUCAGAAUCUUUUCUGUUAAUGGAAGUGUAAAAAUAUAUGUAUAUGCACACACAUCAUCUCUGCUUUUAUUUCACCACUUACUCUUUAGGUAAAAAUCACACAAAACUGCUUGUUCUCAUUCUUUACCAGCACUCAGAACAGCACCAUAUUUUACUUUCAGAAAAAUGCAAAAUUUUCUUUGAGCAAGCUAAAAAGGAAAAAUACUUCUGCAUUGUAAUCUGACUCUUUUAAUCUGAAAUGAAAUCUUUCCAGUUGACCUUCAAAGGUGUAUUGGAUGAAGAUGCAUAUGGCAAAAGUUACAUUUAGAAACAGAACUUCUCAAAGUUUGAAUACAUUAAAGUUUCAUUAAAACCUUGAUUUGUGAUAAAUGAGAAAAACUCCUUUUUAGGUUCAAUACACCAAGCAACAUAGCAACUGGAUGUCUUAGAUUUCCUUCUACUAUUUUGCUUUGAAAAUAACAUGUUUUAUUUUUACACAAUGUAUUUAUCAGUGAAAUAUAUAUGUUUUGCUGAGCUGUUCUCACAAGAGCUGUUUUUGCAACACCAGCUUCCCAUUUUAAAAUGGUCUAAAGUACAGCAUAAUAGACUCAAUAAUUUAGUCAUUAACUAAUGAUGUAGACCAAGCCUUGGUUCCACAGCUUUUCCUGACAUGAAAUGUGACAAUAUAGUUAAGAGCAAAGCUGAAUUCAUGUGUUUACCUGUAAAUAAGUAUGAUUUCAUCUAGAUGUCAGAGCAAAGAAAGAUAAUUACCUUUCUACAACAAUACCUCUGAUCAUUAAGGAAAAAUCAAAUCAGACUUUGAAAUCAAAAAGAAAAGUUGAUUCCAUUAUUAAUCCAAAAUCAGAGGUAACUUCAAGCAUUUCACUCAACUACUUGAACCUAUGCAGUGCAUUAAAAACAGAAAUUGACAUGUGCAGGCCUUGACACUCAGUUCAUCUAAAACUGGCCAUCAUUGAUAAAGGGCACAAUGUUUUUAAUUCCACAACAGCACAUUUCUGACAUCCAGUUUCUCCUCUCAAAUACCCACCACAGGUGUAAAGCCUCCAGACGAAUGAAUGCCAAAGGUGUGCUAGUUACUAUUACUUUGUACUAAUUUUGAAGCUAGUAUAGAUUCCUAAUUUGUAGAAAUACUUAAACAUCAAAUGCAUGAUGAUGUAUCACUACAUCUAGAAUACUGAUUUAACAAGAUAUUUUGUAUUAGUUUUAUUUAUCUUAUUUAGCUAAGUCUUGAUUUGUUAGUGCUUGUGCUUUGGGGAAUUGAUGUCCACUUAAUUCUGAACAGAUAUUUUUGUCCUGAACCCAUUACCCAAGAAAAACAGCAAUCCCCAAUAUUUUCCAUUUUAAGUUAUUCAGUGUAACAAGAAGGACAUUCCAUUGUCUUAAUACAGAACAAAACCAAGUCCGGCAGCAAUACUUGGUUUUCAUUCUUCCACAUAAAUCAUAAGACUUUGAUGUUCCCAGGUUUUUAGCAAAACAUAAAAAGCAACUUCAAAGCAUGUAAAAAUACAUUCCAAUGUUAAGCCAAAUUUCUAUUUGGAAAAAAUUAAACACAUCAAUUCUCUCAUGUCUAUUGUGAUAAAUGCCUAAGAUGGAAAAAACACAGCUGUAAGUGUAAUGUUACAUAAGCAGCAGCCUCUGAUCUUAUUCUCAUCACAAAUGAUUGCUACUAAAACUCUUUCAGUAUUAACAGGAUCAGUAUAUAUCAGCAAAAGUGUGUCUACACAAAUAAAUGCAUAUUUUUAUAAUAUAUACACAUAUAUAAAUAUUCUAACACCUACUCACUAUCACACAAUUAAUUUCACAUUUAAAUAUUGUAUAUAUUUUUGAAACAUACUAAUUAUCAUCAGUAAUUAAUGCUCCUAACACUCUGCGAGGAAACCAAAGUAGACAAGUGGUACUUUCUGAAUGCCUCAUGCAGGCACCAAGCUCUCUAAUGUGUUUUUAUUUCACUUUCCCCAUUCACAGCAAACUAAUCAAAACAUGAAGUGAAAAAGGCUUCAGUAGGGAGGAUUUCCACCUCCUAUUUGUGUGACCAGUACUUACAUCAAGUUGAAUGUAAACCAAUCUGUUGCCUGUCACUCAUUUCUCUUCUGUAUUUCCAAUAAAACUUGAAUUUUUGUUCUUGUUUAUCAGUA